UUGAAUUGGGCAAAUUCGAUUCGAAAAAAAUGAUGAAUAUUCGAAUAUUUCCACUUCGGAUUUUUGUCAACUAUUAUACAUCAAUUGGAUUCACAUUUAGCCAAUUUGAUUGGCAUCAUCAUCAUCAUCGUCGAUCAUUGAUUAAAAGUAUUAUUCUAAUCACAUUGUUCAUCUAUUCAUAUGUUUUUAUCAUAUAUGAUUUUUAUCAAAAUGAAUAUUAUCGUUACACAAAACGAAUAUCGCAAGUUAGUCCGAAUUUAUUUGGCAAAAUGAUUGAAUUGGUCAAUGAUGCAUUGUAUUUUGUGUUAUUUAUAUCAUUCUAUAUCUACUAUACAUUAAAUGGACAACGAUUAAUUACAUUGUUCAAUUCAUCUAUAUUUGAAGCCGUUUAUCUACCAAAUAAUCAACGUCAUCGAAUCAUAACGAUUAUACUUUUAAUUGCUUGUAAUUUAAAUGGUCUAUUCAUUUAUUAUGCAGUUGGUUUAUCCAAUGUAGAAUCAAUACAAUUUCCACCAACCAUAUCAAAAUGUUUGAAAAUCUACGUAUUAUCCAUGAUUUUUAUGAAUGAAUCAUUAACAUAUUUUGUUAUUAUUUAUUUCAAAUUUGGCAUCCAACAAACAAUUCAUCAAAUGUUAAACGAUAUUCGAUCAAACACAAUCAAUGAACAAGAAUGUAUGAUGCGGAUUCGAUUGAUGGCUACAACCAGUGAAGAAUUUCAUCAAAUUUGGGGCUAUGCAAUGAUUACCUAUGUAAUUGGUGAAACAUUCUAUAUGAUAAUGACACCAUUAAGUUAUUAUAUUGGUCAAACAGCUUUGAUGCAAUCCAUUGUAUCUAGUAUACAUUUUAUCGGUGCUAUUUACUGUAUUUAUUUGGAUAUGAAUAUUCAAACAGAAUUAAAUGAAAUUGUCAAUGUUUUUCAUCAUCAUCAACGUUUGAACAAAUUAUAUCAAUAUCAAUCCGGCACCGAGAUGACCAUCAACAAUGAAACAGAAAUGAUCACCAUAAUGGAUCAGAUUUCCGAUCGAUGGCAAAAAGCGAAAAUCAAUCCGAAAAUUUGUUAUUUUGAAAUGAUUGAAAUUUAUCAUGAAUAUUUUCAACUAAAUAUCUACGAUCUGGUUAUAUAUGAUGGUAAAUUUUUCUUUACAAUCAUAUUGUUUGCAUUCAGUUAUUUCGUAUUGAUAAUACAGACAAAUUGAUUUCUUUUUCAAUCAUUUUCAAUGAAUUCAAUUUUGUGUCCAGAUGUUCAAUGUAAAGAAA